AUGAGAACCUGGCUCGGUAGAGGCAAAUCGCUGCAGUUCGGCAUCACGACAUGCUGUCUUGUAGCGUUUGUACUCUUUGGCUACGACCAAGGCGUCUUUAGCGGCAUCCUCCAGAACCAAGAUUGGCUCAACCAAUUCGAUCAUCCGACUGAUACCCAGACGGGUAUCAUCGUAUCAUGCUACAAUCUUGGCUGUUUGACCGGCUGUAUAAUCAACUUCUUUGUUGGCGAGGCUCUCGGCCGCCGAAGAACAAUAUGGCUCGCCAUGUUCCUCGUCAUCAUCGGAGCAACACUCCAAACCAGCGCCUACACGGUGCCCCAUCUCGUCAUCGGCCGCGUAGUCACCGGCUUCGGGACCGGUCUCAAGACGUCCACCGUGCCGCCAUACCAAGCUGAACUCUGCGAUCGAUCGUCCCGCGGCCGACUUGUGUCCGCGGAAGUGCUCUUUGUUGGUGUCGGCAUCGUCGUCGCAUACUGGUUCGACUUUGGCAUGAGCUACGUCGGGGGCCCGAUUGGAUGGCGACUACCCAUCGCGUUCCAAAUGGUGUUUGCAAUAGGUGUCAUCAUCCUCGUCUUUGCGUUGCCCGAAUCCCCAAGAUGGCUGUUCAACCACGGCCGCGAGGAGGAAGCAAUGGAGCGGGCAGCUAUCCUUCGGGCCAUGGAACUCGAGAAACGCGCAGACCAGAGCGCCUCAUUCUGGACCAUGUUUAAAAAGGACGACGUUCGCACGAGGCACAGAGUCCUCCUGGCAUGGGGCAUGCAGUUCAUGAACCAAGUCGGCGGCAUCAACCUCGUGGUCUACUACAUCCCCUCUGUGCUUGUGCAAAACGUCGGCAUGGAGCCCCAACUCGCCCAAAUCCUCGGUGGCUGCAUCAACCUCAUGUUCGUCAUCGGGUCCAUCCUCCCAACCGUGGCCCUCGAUCGAAUGGGUCGCCGAAAGACCAUGAUGUGGGGGAGUUUCGGCCUCGGGCUGAGCAUGCUGAUGAUUUCGGCCCUGCUAUCCCAGGCAGGCGACGGUACGACGAGUCGCCAAAAGGCGUUUGGCUCAGCCUCGGUGGCCUUUUUCUUCGUGUACAUGCUCGUCUUUGGGGGCAGCGUCAACUGCGUGCCGUGGGUGUAUGUGUCUGAGAUACUGCCGCUCAAGGCGAGGACCCGAGGCGCGGCUAUUGGCGUUAGUUCCAACUGGCUUUGGAACUUUACCAUUGUCAUGAUCACGCCUGUUAUUAUCAAUAGGCUGCACUGGAAGGCUUAUUUGAUAUUCAUGGUUACGAAUUUGCUGUUCGUGCCUACCGUGUACUUUUUCUAUCCGGAGACGAGCAACAUUCGGCUGGAGGAUAUUGACUACAUCUUUUCCCGGGGCGGGAACCCUGUGACGGUGGCCAGGAGGAUGGCCGAGCAGGUGAAGGAGAAGGGACACACUGGAUUUGAUGUCGAAAGCUCUACGGAUAGUCCGGGGAUGAAGGAGGAAACUGGGUCAGUGGAGCAUGUGGGCUAG